CUCAUUCUCUCCAUAAACAAAACACAACAGUGAUGUGAUGACUACGUAAAGUAACGCAAUCACUGAUCUCAUUUUCAUUCUCACUCACGCAACAACAACAAGUUAACAACAACCAUGAUCGAUUCCACCACUGUCACCACCAACGACGAUGAUGAUAGAACAAAAUCAUCAAUUUCAAAACCACCUAGACCCAAACGAAGAAUAUGUUUCUCAUUCACAACAUACGCUAACAACCUUAUACACCGUCUAAAAUCCUCCAACGUUAUCAUCGAACAAGGACUCUCCGACACUGAAUUCUCAUUCCUCGAAUCAAAUCUCAACAUAACUUUCCCACCUGACCUUCGUGCAAUUCUUCAACAAGGUCUUCCAGUCUCUCCCGGUUUCCCCAACUGGCGUUCAUCCUCUCACCAACAGCUUCGGAUUCUUCUCAACCUUCCAGUAUCUUCCAUUCUCCGCCGCGUUUCGGAUAACCGUUUCUGGCAUCCGUCGUGGGGUUCACUACCGGAGGAUCCUUUAGCUUCUGCUGAGAGGAUUUUGAACGGUGCACCAAGGCUUGUUCCUGUGUAUCGACAUUGUUAUAUAGUUUCGUCUCCUAAUGCGGCUGGGAAUCCGGUUUUUUACGUUGAUCAUGGUGGGGAUGUUAGAUUGGCGAGCUUUGAUGUUGUUGGGUUUUUUCGUGAUGCGGGGUUUUUGAACGGGGUUGAGGAAGUGGAAGAUCCGGUUUGGGCGGCGAUGAGGGCGAGGUGGAUUGGGGUUUGGUCGGAGGUGGCGGAUGGGAGAGGGGAGAGAGGGUGGAAGUGGUGGUGGGAGGAUCGGAGAGACGAAGUGAAUGGGUGUAUGGAUGGGGUGUUGAGAAGGUUGAGAGAAGGUGGGUGGAAAGAGGAAGAGAUACUCGAGAUGAUGAAUGGGGAAGAUGAAGAAAAGGAGAAGCGUGCGCAGCACGUGAGUGUUUUGGGGUUGAAGUUAUUGGGUGCGGGAUGGAGUAUGGAAGAUGUGGUGUACUCGCUUGGGGUUGAUUUGGAAGAAGCUGCCACCGUUUCCGCCGCUGAUGUCGGCGUCAAUAUGAAUCAGCAUUGAGCGUGCGUCAUAGUGUGACUUGUUCUGUCACGUUCGUUGCCUUUGCGAUUUGUGUAUAUAGAUCCUAAAUAACUAAUAGGUCCCUGGGUGAUACAUUUUUUUAAAACUAGUAGUAGAAUAAUACCAAAAAGAGAUUAUAUAUUAGUUUUUGUAAAGAAACAAAUUUGUGGGGCUAAAUGGAUUGGAAUUUUUUAAUUUUAUUAAAAAAUG